CGGAAGUAGGGACAUCCCAGUCCAUGUGCGUACAGAAGAAAUAAUUUCUACAGAAAGAACGACUGUUUUCACGUCUAUAUCAUAAGAUUUGUUUGACUGGAGGAACUCAGGAGGAUGGGGAAACACAAGAAGAUCAAGGCGGUGGACCCUUUUUACUUCGGAAACCGAAAACAGCCUCAAAACAGAAAUACAAAAGUAGUAAACCAGGCCCCGAAGAACACCGAUGUUCAGGAGGUACCGCGGAGGCUGAGAGAACUCAUGCAGUGGAAACAGCAGGGAGGCAAGGGAGGCAGGUCGAAAAAGGGAGCGGUAAAGACAGAGAGCACAGAACAACAGAAGGGAAAAUCCAUAAAAGUAGGGGCAUCAACAGAGGGUUUUCCCGUCCAGCGUGUAGGUGCAGAUGAGCCAGUGGAUGGCAGACCGGUGGAGAAAGUUCCAGACUUCACACAGAAGCCCUGGGAGUCAGAGAAACGGUUCGUGGAGCGGAUGCACAUGGCCACGCAGGUGGCGUAUGAGAAAGCAAAAUGGAUGCCAGACAUCGACCCACUGAAGGAGGAGGAGAAGAAACAGAAGGCAAAAACAAAACAGCAUGUGAAUAAGAAGAAGGAGAAGUUGAAAGCUAAGAGAAAGGAGAAGGCAGAAGAAGAGGAGGAACAGAGGAGGUUUACUGACCAUGUACAGUUUGGAGAGGUUGUGUCUCAGCCUCCAGAGUUGACAGCAAGACCCAGGAAGGCUGGCAAAAAUGACAAGCCUGGCAAGAAGACACUUCUCCUAAACAGUCUCUUGAGCUCCAAAGGUAAAACCGACACCACAAAAUCAUCUAAACAGAGCAGGAAGAGAAAAAACAAAUCAGCUGCAGAACAGAGGAUGCUAGACGCAGAAAGAGAGAGAGUCAUCCAGGCAUACAGAACAGCCAAGAAGGCCAAACUCAGCGGAAUGUCACCACCUCCGGCGAAAAAGAUUAUAAUUGGAGACUUAUGAGUUUAUUUUUAUGAUUAAAUGCAGAUCUAGUUUUAAUAAACUUAGUUGAAUGUGUGA